AUGCUACGAUUGCGACUUCCUCAGCUCUCGUUUCUCACCCGAACCCGUUCUUUCCACACCGACUUCACCAUGACCGCUUCUUCCGGCGAAAAGCUGGCAUUAUUGAGACAGCUGAUGGCCUCCAAGGGUCUGGGAGUGUACAUCGUGCCCUCCGAAGACGCCCAUCAGAGCGAGUACACCUCUGUGUGCGACCAGCGACGGGCCUACAUUUCGGGCUUCACCGGAUCGGCCGGAACCGCCGUUAUCACCUCCGACACAGCUGCCCUGGCUACCGAUGGACGGUACUUUCUGCAGGCAGACGAGCAGCUGGACAAGAAGUACUGGAACCUGCUCAAGCAGGGCGUAAAGGGCGUGCCCACAUGGCAGGAGUACGCAAUUGACUACGCUAUCAAACACGGAGUCGACAUUGGAGUCGAUUCUCGUCUUGUCAGUGCUGUUGAGGCCGAGGAUAUCACCAAGAAGCUGGCUCUCAAGAUCGAGGAGGCUGGAGUCCAGGCAGAUGAGAAAAAUGCUUCUUCAGUCAAACUCGUCGGCCUCCACGACAACCUCGUCGACGCCGUGUGGUCCAAGCUCGAUACUCAGCCCUGUAGACCCGGAGAUCCAGCUUUCCCUCUGGACGUGAAGUACACUGGCAAGCCCUUUGAUCUGAAGCUGGAGGAGCUGCGAGUCAAGAUGCGAGAGUCUGGCGGCUCUGCCAUCAUCAUUUCUGCACUCGACGAGAUUGCCUGGCUUCUCAACCUGCGAGGAUCUGACAUUCCCUACAACCCGGUCUUCUUUGGCUACGUCAUUGUCACCCCCAACUACACCACUUUGUACUGUGACUCCAAGAAGAUCACCGAGGCCUGCGAGAAGCACCUGGACGGUCUGAUUGAUCUCCGGCCCUAUGACGAUGUUUUCGCCGACUUUAAGAAGCUCGGAGAGGCUGCCCAGCACGACAAACUUGUGUUUGUGCCCAAGAACUCGUCCUGGGCUCUGGUCGAGUGUCUCGGCGGCUUCAAGAACGAAAACAAGACUUACACCCAAAUAACUAGUCCCGUUCUCAAGGCCAAGGCUGUCAAGAACAAGACUGAGCAGGAGGGAGCCCGGGCAGCCCAUCUCAAGGACGGAGCUGCUCUGUGCGAGUUCUUCUGCUGGUUGGAGGGUGUCUACGAUGCCGGCAACCCCGACAAGCUGGACGAGGUGGACGCUGCAUCCAAGCUGGUGGAAUUCCGGGAGAAGCAGCCCAACUUUGUGGGUCUUUCGUUUGAGUCCAUUUCUUCUGUGGGUCCCAACGCUGCCAUCAUCCACUACGCUCCCGAGAAGCCCAAGGCUGCCAUUCUCGACCCAUCCAAGGUAUACUUGUCCGAUACGGGCUCCCAGUUUCUUGAAGGAACCACAGACACCACUCGAACGUGGCACUUCGGCAGCCCCAGCGACGAGGAGCGAACCUCAAACACGUUGGUUCUCAAGGGCCACAUUGCUCUGGCCGAGUCGGUGUUCCCCGAGGGCACCACCGGUUUUGCUCUCGACAUUUUGGCCCGUCAGUUCCUGUGGAAGUACGGUCUGGACUACCGACACGGCACAGGCCACGGUAUUGGCGCCUUCCUUAACGUGCACGAGGGCCCCUUCGGAAUCGGCUUCCGACCCGCCUACAGAGACUUCCCCAUGGAGAUUGGAAAUGUGGUGUCCAACGAGCCUGGUUACUACAAGGACGGCGAGUACGGUAUUCGAAUCGAGUCUGUUCUGAUCUGCAAGGAAAAGAAGACCCAGGAAAACUUUGGAGGUAAGAAGUAUCUGGGCUUUGAGACCAUCACCCGGGUGCCUCUGUGCCACAAGCUGAUUGACGUUUCUAUGCUGGAGGACUCGGAGAAGAAGUGGGUCAACCACUACCACCAGGUUGUGCGGAACGAGGUUGGACCUCUGGUUGAGGGCGAGGUCAAGGAGUGGUUGCUCAAGGAGACUGCUCCUCUGGAGUAG